GUGCUGUGGGGGGAAGGGGGUUGAUGACGCCGCCAUCUUGAAAAGUGCCGUCUUGAUGGUGUAGCUAUCUAUAUUUUUUGGCGCCUGUCAGAAUCUGUUGUUAUCGUCAACAGUUUAUUUUUUCACCACUAUCUGUAUGUUUGUAUUUUUUUUUAAAUUUUUUGGUCACACUUUUAUCUUAAGAGUUCCUCCGGAGCUUCAUGUCGGGAUCUUAAUCACUCUUAAUCGGUGUGUGUUGAGUGUGUGUCCGUGGCCGAGGUGUGUGCCGUUCUUCAGCGUCUCUCUCUCUCUCUCUCUCUCUCUCUCUCUCUCUCGUACCCGCAGUGCCUGGAAUGGGCCAGAAGUCCCAAACAGCUCCAGCGUUAUUUUCUUUUUAAUCAGAAUUUUUUACCCUCUGAGCUCCGUCACGCUCAGAAGCGCCAUGUUUUGGAAGUUUGACCUGCACACGACCUCUCACAUCGACACGCUCCUGGACAAAGAGGACGUGACCCUGAGGGAGGUGAUGGACGAGGAGGACGUCCUGCAGGAGUGUAAAGCGCAGAACCACAAGCUGGUGGACUUCCUGAUCCGGCCGCAGUGCAUGGAGGACCUGGUGGGCUUCAUCACGCAGGAGCCCAGCGACGACGUCGAGGAGAAAAUCAAAUACAAGUACCCGAACAUAUCCUGCGAGCUCCUCACGUCAGACGUCAGUCAGAUCAACGACCGGUUAGGCGAGGACGAGAGCUUACUCAUGAAACUGUACGGGUUCCUGCAGAACGAGCCGCCGCUCAACCCGCUGCUAGCCAGCUUCUUCAGCAAAGUGCUGAGCAUCCUCAUCGGGAGGAAGCCGGAGCAGAUUGUGGAGUUCUUGAGAAAGAGAGAAGACUUUGUGGAUCUGAUGAUUAAGCACAUAGGAACCUCAGCCAUCAUGGACCUGCUGCUCAGGAUGCUCACCUGCAUCGAACCUCAGCAGCUCAGACAAGACGUUUUAAACUGGUUGAACGAGGAGAAGGUGAUCCAGCGGCUGGUGGACAUGGUACAGCCCUCUCAGGACGAGGACAGGCACUCGAAUGCGUCUCAGUCUCUGUGUGAGAUCAUUCGCCUGAGCAGAGAUCAGAUGUUUCAGGUGCAGGGUUCCUCAGAGCCUGACCCUCUGCUCGCCACACUGGAGAAACAAGAGACUGUAGAGCAGCUGCUGUCCAAUAUCUUCGACAAAGAGAAGAACGAAUCUGCUAUAGUCAGCGUGAUCCAGAUCCUCCUCACGCUCUUCGAGACACGGAGACCAGCGUUCGAGGGUCACUUGGAUCUCUGUCCUCCAGGAAUGAACCACCCGUCUUUCUCCGUUAAUCAGAGCAUCCUCGAGGCGGUGAGACCGAGACUGAAGGACUUCCAUCAGCUCCUGCUGGAGCCUCCGAAGAAAACAGUGUUGAAGACGACGUGGGGCGUUUUGGACCCGCCGGUGGGAAACACGCGCCUCAACGUGGUGAGACUGGUGGCCAGCCUUCUGCAGACCAACACACACAUCAUCAACCAGGAACUCAUCAACCUCAACAUGCUGGGAAUCAUCCUCGAUAUGUAUUUCAAAUACAUUUGGAACAACUUCCUGCACAUACAAGUAGAAAUCUGUAUAGCGAUGAUCUUAGCGAUGCCUCCGACCCAGAACGACUCGGAGAUCAACAGAGACGACGAUCAGGAGCCGGUCCGAGAAAACAUCCUCAUCACACACCUGUUUCAGAAGUGUCGGUUGGUGCAGAGAAUCCUGGAGGCCUGGAGCUCCAAUGAGAAAGAGCAGGCUGAAGGAGGGCGUAGGAGAGGUUAUAUGGGGCAUCUCACCAGAAUCGCCAACUCUAUAGUGCACAACAGCGAUAAAGGUCCGAACGGCGCUCAGAUCCAGCAGCUCACCUCAGAGCUCCAGGAGGAUGAGCGGGAAAGAUGGGAGGCCUUCACCUCGGGGCAGUUAGCAGACACGAACAAGAAAAACACUGUAGAUUUAGUUAACACGCAUCACAUUCACUCCUCCAGCGACGACGAGGGAGAUUUUAAAGACGGCGGCUUUCACCACGACUCGUCUCUGCAGCAGGCCUUUUCUGAUUAUCAGAUGCAACAAAUGACGUCCAAUUUUAUUGAGCAGUUCGGCUUCAAUGACGAAGAGUUUGCGGAUCAGGACGAUGUGGUGGAUAUUCCCUUUGAUAGAAUAUCAGACAUCAAUUUUUCCUUGAAUACAAAUGAGAGUGCGAACAUGGCUCUGUUUGAGGCGUGCUGUAAGGAGAAGAUCCAGCAGUUUGAGGACACGGGCUCGGACGAGGAGGACAUCUGGGACGAGAAGGAUGUGACGUUUGCUCCUGAAGCUCAGAGACGCUCCAGGAGCUCAGGCAGUACAGACAGUGAGGAGAGUACAGACUCUGAGGAGGAGGAUGUGAAGAGAGACCAGUUUGAGGCCUCGAACCCGGCGGCCGAUGACCGUAUGGAGGUGGACAGUGGAGAAGGCCCUGCCUGGACGGCCAACUUUGACGACGUCCCCAUGGAAACGGGAGGCUCGUUGGCCCCACCCACCUCCUCUCCCUCCACGUGGAGCACGCCCACCAACACCGUCGCCACGGAAACGGGCUGGGCCACUUCUCCAGCUUCACACCAGUCAGCCCCCAAAGACCCCCUGAGGAGCAACUCCCCAGUUGCCAUGGAGACGAGCGCUGAGCCGGCAGACCCUCUGGGCGUUAACACACACCCGCAGGUGAGCACACACACCUCCACUUGGGACGUGUCUCCAGCUGUGCAGUCCAGAGGUUGUGAUGUGGACGAGGAGGCGGCGUGGAACCGAAUCACUGAGACGGUCACUAACGGCUCCAUGAAGGAGACGCUCAGCCUUACUGUAGACGCCAAAACCGAAACUGCUGUGUUCAAGAGUGAGGAGGAGAACACAUCUACCUCUGAAGACACAUCUGCCAAGUACGCAGUGAGCGAGAGCGAGGGCGAGAGGAACGAGACGGCGAAUAACUGCCCCAAAUCAGGUGUAAAGCAUGUAGAAGAGAAGACGAAAGCUACGUGUGAGGUUCUCAACGGUCCUCUGGAGAACGCGGCGGCCAUGGAGGAAGCCAAGACGGAGCAGUGUGCGUCGGAGGCGGAGGCGGCGGCGGCGGCGGUGGUGAACGGCCCGGUGUGAUUGGGCGUGGCGGAUCACGUGACCAGGACCAGCAAUAUUGACGUUAAACGUAACCUGUACAGAACCUCGGCCUGUAUGAAGAGGAGAUUAAACACCACGAUGAUUUUUUUUUUUUUUUUUCUUUCGCAUUCGUUUCUACACUUCUUGUUCUUCUGAGGUGAUCUGUCCGAAAUCUCGCCACUCGAACGUUAACAGUACUGUUGCUAUAGUUACAAAGGAUUGUAUGAAUAAAAAUAUUUUAUAAAAGAGAAAUGUUAUUACAGAAACGAAAAACUAAUUGGAACAUGUAGUGUGACCAAAAAUACACCAUAAGCUGAUUAUUAUUAUUAUUAUUAUUAUAAUUUUUUUUUUCCUCUGGUAUUUAAUUUCCAAGUUAAAAAAAAAAAAAAAAAAAAGCGACAGCGAUAACGCAAACAUGUAAAUCUCGUUUUAUUCGCGAUGACGACGGUGAUGACGAUGAUGAUGAUGAUGAUGAUGACGAUGAUGAUGAUGAUGAUGGUGGUGAUGAUGAUGGUGGUGAUGAUUUCGGGGUGCAUUUUAAAUCCGGGAACGGUUUAUUUUGUCACAGGUAUUAUAUUGUAAAUGUAUCUAGCGAGAUUUGAGAAGAAAGAACCUUUUGCUAUAGUUUUUAACUUAUUGAGGCCGUGCUGUAAAUCUUCUUCCCUCUAAAGUGUAAACCCUGAAGCUCAGGUGGAGUCCAGUUGCAUGUAGCGAACGAGUGCGCGCACACACACACACACACACACACAUACACACACACACACUCUUACUGAUGGCCUGUGGAAACCUCCACGUUUUUUUCUGCGAGUGGAACUUUUUUUGUACGUGCAGAACGCCGCGACCGAGCGAGAUUCCUCACAGCGCUUCAAUCAUGCAUCACCAGGCUCUUUUUUGUUCAUCUUUUUUUCCAUCUUUUUUUAAAAUAAAAUGCUAUCUUUACCAGCAAGAUGAAUUAAUUCUUUCCUCAAAUCAAACAUGAAUAACUUUUACACAUUUUUUUUUAAAACACAAACAAAAAUGUUUGUUUUUCUCGAAUGUGAACAGCUCAAAUCUACAGUAUGUUGUCUUAAAUUCUUGUCUUGCAUAAUAAUAAUAAUUAUUAUUAUUAUAAUUAUUAUUAUUAUUAUUUAUAGAGAACUUUUAAAUGGAGCAGAUCAAAGUGCUGCAAAAUUAAGUAGUAAAAAUAAAAUGAUUUAAAACUAAUGUGAUAGCUGAAGUGAAAAGUUCAAAAAUAAAUGUAAGGACGUAAAAGUACACAAGUAUAGAAUAUUAUAAUUAUUAUUAUUUGUGCUACAAAUGAUUUAAUAAUUAAAAUAUCAGUUUCCAUGCACUGAAUUGGAACAGUAUUAAAGCGCUAAUAGAAUUCGAUUUCUACAUCUUUGGAGGGGAAAAAAUACCUCAAGUUUUGUUUUUGUGAUUAUUUUGUCAAUUUUAUUGUGGAAAAAUACAACUACACAUAAUAUA